AUGGCGAUGCCAUCCCUUGCCGUCAUCGAAGCAACACCGGACACUACGCCCUUGGACACGCCUGAACGCUCUCCUUUCUUUACACGUGUUCAGCAAAUGUCGCCGGAUAGCAGGGAGCAUUAUGACCGCGAGAGGGUGAGGGAGUUCAUGACGAUGACUUUGGGAGAGAUGGUGGGAAUUACAGGGGAUCCCCUCUGGGAAUGUCUGAGGGAUGGUGUUUUGCUGUGUCGGUUUUUAAACGUGUUGUUUCCUGGAGCGAUCUUGAUGAUUGGGCAGCAGGAUGUCCGUUCAGUACAUCUCGACAAUAUCCGCAUUUUCCUGUCAAUGCUCAGAAAGUUAGGCGUACCGGAUGCUGACCUCUUCACUGUCCAUGACCUCUACGGUGGCCAAAAUCCCCAACAGGUGAUGCAUACGAUCUUGACAAUUGAGAAGAUGUUCUCGUCUCCACAUGUCACUGACAAAACCCUUCGGCUGUGUGGUAAUCGUCAACACAGCCAGCUGAACCUUAGGAAGUCUUCUGCAAUCGGUGCUUCUCUUGCGGCGCUCUGUGCGAAUGCUCAAGACGCUGAUGACUUGCUAUUGGCAAAAUUGAAUGGUUCACCUGUCUCCUCGCCUACUGCGGAACAUGGGACAUCACCUAUUGAACAAGCCUUCGCAAUGUUCUCUACGAACACUGUUAUUGAGAAACGUCCUAAUCGCCCACCGCUUUCAACACCACGUCUUCUUAAUCGCAGACGAGUGACCAUUGAUCUGGUUCCCGUUGUGAAAUGCGAAGAUGGCGAGCUUUCGUCCACCCCUUCCAACCCUCGCACACACCAUCGCAAGAACUCUGGCUCGAAUACGACAAUUCAGUCUAUUAUGAGCACAGACUCUUCUUCGUGCGAGACAAUCUCGCCUACGACGACAAGCCGUCCAAGCAGGUCCGCGAUGAUGAAGCCCAGGAGGCGGAGUUACAAUUCAUUCUUGGAUCCUCCUACACCAUCGACGCUGUUGGCACGUACCCCGGAACACGAGGUAUUACCGUCCAGUCACUCCGAACCGCAUUUGCCUAAGGACUUUGAGUUCCAGCUCCCACGUCGUCCGUCGGCACAGGCGGUGCGGGAGAUCAACUCGAGACCUAUCUUGGUCAAGAGGUCGACGUCGGAUAAGGCAUGGGAUGCAUCACCUCCCCAUCCGCAGCGAAUGAGUCUUGACUCUGCGUUUGCGUCGGCUAGUUCAACGGUUAACUUGGGACGCUCGAUGUCACUCACCUCCACGCUCACCGCUUCCCCGAUCCGGGAGAAACUCAGUAUCCAGGAUGUUGGUCAAUACCAAGUCGGGAACUGUAUCGGCCGUGGCCAGUUCGGUGCCGUUUACCGUGCGUUGAACCUUGACGAUGGGCAUAUCGUCGCCGUCAAGCGGAUACCGAUUGAUGAUCGGACGGACACAGAGGUGGAUGAUAUCAUGAAGGAGAUUGAUUUGUUGCGGAGGUUGAAGAAUCCGACGAUCGUGAGGUACGAGGGUUUUGUGAAAACGCCUGGCUAUAUGAAUAUCAUUCUUGAGUAUGUCGAGAAUGGAUCGUUGGCGAAUACAUUGAAGGCUUUUGGGAAUUUUCCGGAGAAGUUAGUGGUGAGCUAUACUGUCAAGAUUCUCGAGGGUUUAAAUUACCUUCACGAACAGGAGGUUGUUCAUUGCGACUUGAAAGCGGCCAAUAUUCUGACAACGAAGAGCGGACAUGUUCGUCUGAGUGACUUUGGUGUUAGUCUCAACCUGAAGGCGGUGGAGAAGAAGAACGAAGAUAUCAACGGGACGCCAAACUGGAUGGCACCGGAGGUAAUCUUGCUUCAAGGCGCUUCUCCAGCCAGUGAUAUUUGGAGUUUGGGCUGCACCAUCAUCGAGCUACUCACAACAAUGCCGCCGUACCACACGAUGAACGCCAUGUCAGCUAUGUUCAGGAUCGUCGAAGACGAUCAUCCCCCUAUACCAGAGGACAUCACGGACGAACUAAAGGAGUUCUUGAUGGCGUGUUUCAAGAAGGAUCCGGCUGAACGACCUACGGCGCAAGACUUGUUCCUUCAUCCUUGGAUCACGAUGCAGACUUGGUCUCCCGAGUUGAAGAAUCUACGGCCGCAGGAUUCUAUUCCAUUCUUGAGAAGGAUCAACACUUCGGACGUGCGUCCAAUGUCUGCGGCAAACCCAACGAAAGGAGCGGCGAAGAGGGGAAAGUUGUCGAAUUUGUUCUCGAGGAGCAAUGAGGCGUUGUCGAGUGCAGGGAUGACAGAGAAGAAGCGGCCUGUCACGGCGCCCUCUCUCGGUGCGAAUCUGCAGCCGAAUCAGAUGCCGGUGCACAGUUUCGUGAAGGCGAGCUUUAGUAAGACAGGCGUUGAGUGCAAGCUGUGCGGCAUGGCGCUCAAAAAGGCCAUCUUUUGUUCUUCUUGUGGUUUGAUCUGUCAUCAAAGAUGUAUCCACUCGACGCCGUAUCCUUGUCAGAGCAUGGAACCUCGACCCAUCUCGCAGAAUUACAACGAGGUCUAUGAGACAAAGGAAGACGUCUCACCACCACCUACUGCAUGCUUGCCGCCCAGUCCUACGACUGGACGACCCAACAUCUUCAACCGAUGGUCAGACAGAGGGCGGAACAGGCAUGCUACCAUGCCGCAUCCAGCAUCAGAUCACGGUACAUUCUUCAGCCGCGCUGUGAAGCGAUUGUCAGGAAACCACACCGUCGGCAAGGAACACUACCACGGCCACGAAGGAAACAAUCCGUUAGGAAUGGGAGGAAGUCAGAUAUGGGCAAAGACUGAUGAGCAGAAUUUGAGCAGGAUGGCUAUUGCAGCUGAACGGAAGAAUGAUUGCGUUAUCAUGUAG